AGAAGAUAUCGUGUAUAUAUAGCACUGGCGGAUAUUCUCUGAACGCAUAACUACUCCAGCACAAUGGCUGUAAAAGUCUUAAUCAUCUUAGGCCUCCUGAUGGUGAUGAUCGUGAAGGGAAGUAUAUUGAAGUGUGAGACACCGGGAAGGUUCCCACAUCCAGAGGACUGCGGCAGCUAUGUGCACUGUAUACCAGGUGUCGAUGGUCAGCUCACUGCGAGGGUAAAACAUUGUUUCGGUUUUCCCUAUUCCCCGGACGAGCGUCGCUGUGUUUCCCAUGAUCAGCAGCCAGGUUGCACCACCAUUGGAUUAAAGGACAAAGUUCCAGUUCCAGUUCUUCAGUUCCUAUGUGAAGAAGGCAAACCCAACGCUGGCUGCUACAACUGUAAGACAGCUUACGAAUGCAUUAAUGGCAUCCCCUAUGUCGACAUCUGUGCAGAUACUGAAGCGUGUACCGAUAAUAUUAAUUUUGGUGGAGGGGCGUGUCUGCCGUAUCUCCUUGUAGAAGUUUAUGGAUCAUGCGAGUGUGAGAAUACAGGAUUAAUGGCCGAUAGUUACAACGAAACGUUUUACAUUUAUUGUGAUGUAACUACCGAUCAUACAACUAUGGAUCUGUAUCAGUGCGAUAACGGGAAGUUGUUCUCAUCUACUAGUCUUACUUGCGAGGAGCCUCAACCCCCUGUAGUCCCGGACAUUCCUCCUUGCGACGGAUCUACUGACACCAGAGUCAACCCCAACGACUGCAGUUACUCCUACACCUGUCUCCCUGACAACUCCACUAGAGUUUCACAAUGCGGGUCCAAUGAAUACUUUGACCAAGAUUUAGACUCUUGCGAAAGUGCAUGUUCUUUUGUCACCACAACACUUUCUAGAGCUGAAAAAUGUCCACAAGUAGGAUAUAACCCAGACCCUACUGACUGCACCAAAUAUUAUGUGUGUUUAACCCAAUAUGCGGAGCCUUAUAAACACGAAACAUGCCCACUUGGAUAUUUUGACCCUAGUGAAAAGAUCUGUGUAACAGGACCCUUACCUAAUGAUUGUACCCCCUUCGAUUAUUCUCAGUGUCCCGGAUAUGACAAGCUGAUGUGUUAGACGAACCUUGCGAGUUAUUAUGAAAUUCAACGUUGAUGUGAGAAACAGGCAUUGGAUUUGCCAAAAAAAAAAAAAUACACGCUCACAAACACACAAACACACACACGCACGUACGCACACACACACACACACACACACACACACACACACACACA